CAGCUCGUAGCAGUUUCUUUAUUGUUCGUGAGAAAGUUUGUGUUGUGAUCCGUCAGAGCCUCUGUGUGUCCGGAUAAACCUGUCUGAAUGGACUUUGUGCUGUUCACCUUUUCUUUCUGGAUGUUUUACCUCUGACUCAUCUCCUAGAAGACUACAAAGACAUUCAAGUUAGCUUAGCAUGCUAGCUGGUUAGCACCACAGCGCUAGUCAGAGUGACUGUUUAAUGGAGAGCAAACUGUGUUUCUGACGGAGUUUGUGUGGAGAAAAAGUUGGUGUCACUGUGUGAAAAAUGUCUAAAGUCCAAACGGUGAGAGCGCUGGUGGAGCAGCGACUGACUGCGGCUGCUGAAGAGAUAUUUGGGCUGUUUGAAAGAACGAUAGCAGAGUACGAGGAGCAACUUUGUCGUUCAAAAGAGAAGAACGAGCGACAACAGAAACUACUGGACGCUGUUUUCAACCCUCAGCUUCACUCACACAGAGCAGGGAAUUCUGCUAUGCUCCACACGCACCCGAGAGCAGCCAAACGAGACUUGGACGUCCAGCAGCUGUUGGUGGUUAAAGAGGAGGUUCCCUCCGAGCAGCAGCAGAGGACCUCCAAUCUGGACCAGGACCAGGACCAGGAGGACCCAGAGCCCACACACAUUAAAGAGGAACAGGAGAGUGACACCACUCACCUCCCAAAGAUCCACAGAGGGAAUCAUGCAGCACAAGAAGAGUUCAUAGAAGGAGGAAGUUUGAGCCAAGACACAGUGGUCCAAACGGUGCUACAGCCAGAGCCCCGAGACAUGAGAGAGGAACAGGAGGAACCUUGGACCAGUCAGCAGGGAGAGCAGCUUCAGGGGCUGGAGGAGGCUGAUAUCACCAAGUUCACAUUCACUCCUGUCCCUGUGAAGAGUGAAGAAGAUGAAGAGAAACCUCAGUCCUCACAGCUUCAUCAAACACAAACUGAACAGAUGGAAACAGAAGCUGAUGGAGAGGACUGUGGAGGACCAGAACCAGACAGGAACUCUGAUCCAGAGGCACAUUUCCAACCUGAUACUGACGACGAGCCUGCAGACUCUUCUGAACCUGAGACUGAUGACAGUGGUGAUUCGAAGACCAGAGACCUUCAGUCAGGUUUGAACUGUUUGAAAAAAGAUGGUGGUCCUGUCAGAGAUUCCAGAUUUAGUGCUGCUGAGAAACAAUUUAGCUGCUCUGAGUGUGGGAAAAGAUUUGGCUCCAAGCACCGUCUGAAGAGACACAUGGUUUCCCAUGCAGGAGAGAAACCUUUUAGCUGCUCAGUUUGUGGUAAAGGUUUCAGUAUUAGUGGGGAUCUGAAGGAACACAUCAAAGUUCACACAGGAGAGAAACUUUUCAAAUGCUCAGUUUGCAAGAAAUCUUUUACCCACAUAGAGACUUUAAAGACACACAUGAGAUUCCACACAGGUGAGAAUCUCUUCAACUGCUUAGUUUGUGAAAAAGCUUUUACACAAAGUGGGCAUUUACAGCAACACAUGAGAAGUCACACAGGAGAGAAACCUUUCCAUUGUUCAGUUUGUGGUAAAGUUUACAGUAUUAGUGGGGAUCUGAAGAAACACAUCAGAGUUCACACAGGAGAGAAACCUUUCCAUUGUUCAGUUUGUGGUAAAGUUUUCAGUAUUAGUGGGGAUUUGAAGAAACACAACAGAGUUCACACAGGAGAGAAACCUUUCAGCUGCUCAUUUUGCAUGAAAUGUUUUACACAAAAUGGAAGUUUAAAGAAACACAUGAGACUCCACACAGGAGAGAGACCUUUCAGUUGCUCAAUUUGUAAGAAAUCUUUUACCCGUGGGGAUAGUUUAAAGAAACACAUGAGACUCCACACAGGAGAGUAACCUUUCACCUCCUCAGUUUGUGGUAAAGGUUUCCGUGGAAAUUGGCAUCUAAAUUCACACAAAAGAAUUCACACAGGAGAGAAACCUUU